AUGCCCGAGCCCGACCCCCGCGAGCCCUUACUCAGUUCUUUCGACAUCGCGGGCGUCGCGGAGUACAUCAAGUCCGGCAAGUGCAAGCGCAUCGUCGUCAUGGCGGGCGCCGGGAUAUCGGUCAGCGCCGGCAUUCCCGACUUCAGGACGCCGGGCACCGGGCUGUACGACAACCUGCAGAAGUACAACCUGCCCCACCCCACCGCCGUGUUCGAGCUCGAUUACUUCAGGGAAAACCCCAAACCCUUCUACCUACUCGCCAAGGAGCUCUACCCCGGCAAUUUUCCCCCGACCCCAACGCACCGUUUCAUCCGGCUGCUGCACGAGAAGGGGCUGCUGACCCGGUGCUUCACGCAAAACAUCGACUCGCUCGAAGCCGCCGCGGGGAUCCCGGGCGAUAAGAUCGUCGCCGCGCACGGAAACUUCGACGCCGCGCACUGCCUCCGAGGACACGCCGCCGACGUGAACGACGUCAAGGCGCACGUGGACCGCGGGGACGUGAUGCGGUGUAAAGAGGUUGGGUGCGAUGAGUUGGUCAAGCCGGACAUCGUCUUCUUUGGCGAGGCGCUGCCGCAGAGGUUUAACCGGCUCGCCGCGACUGACUUUGACGACUGCGAUUUGCUCAUCGUCGCGGGCACCAGCCUCGCCGUGCACCCGUUCGCCGGGCUGGUCGAUUUUCCUAGCGAGGACACCCCGAGACUGUUGGUCAACAGGGAAGUCGUGGGUGAGCUGGACCCACGGAUGCGGAGCCUUCGGCGGAUGUUGGGCCGGGGAGCCGGGUUCGACUUCAGCGAGGAGGGUAACUACCGGGACGCGCUGUGGCUGGGUGACUGCGACGACGGGUUCAUGGAACUGGCGACGCUGUGCGGGUGGGGGGACGAGCUCCAGGAGAUGUGCGAGCGCAAAUAG